CCCGUUCGUCGGCUUGCUUUGCUUGUCGUGUCGCUCUUUCUUUGUCAAAUCUAAUAUUACUCUAAUAUUUCAACGCUUUUGUCCUUGCAGAGGUAUUAACAACCACCAACCGUGGAGGGUGAAGGAGGAGGGAUGGCGGCGAGUCCGUCGCCCCAGUCGUCCCCGAUGCCCCCGCCUCAGGCCCCAUCACCCAUGGGCCCUCCACAGCAAGCCCCGUCUCCCAUGCCCUCCCCUACACCCAACACCCCUGCCAUGGGACCGCCGCAGCACAUGUCCCCAAACUACAACCAGGGACCGCCCAGUGGGGCUCCAGCGAUGAACCACAUGAAUGGACCAUCUGCCAUGCAGCAAGGGACACAAACUUUCCAGCCACAACACAACAUGGGGCAACCUCCGCAGGGACAACCUCCCGUACAGGCUGGAACGCCUCAGGAAAAUUUGACGGCUCUCCAACGAGCCAUUGAUUCCAUGGAGGAGAAGGGGUUGCAAGAAGACCCCCGCUACUCUCAGUUGUUGGCACUGAGGGCUCGACAGGCCCCCGCCAGUGGACCCCCGGGCCCCGCUGGACCUGCCCCUGCUAGUGGACCCCCUGCCCAGCAGCAAGGGUUCCCGGCAAACAGCUCUGCGCCGGGAGGGGCUGGUGGCGCCGCUCAGCCGGACGGUGGCCAGCAGGGGAAACACAGCUUCAGCUCCAACCAGCUGCAGCAACUACGGGUGCAGAUCAUGGCGUACCGGCUGCUGGCGCGCAACCAGCCACUGUCUCAGCAACUGGCGCUCGCUGUGCAGGGCAAGAGGAUAGAACCACCACCGGCCACACCGCCGUACCCUCCACAGAACAGGCCGGCGCAACAAGAGCCUGAAGGAGGGGAGGCGGGUGCUGGUGGGGGGAUGAUGCAGCACCCCAUGAGACCCCCGGGCCCGCCAGGCGGUCAGCCACCCACACAGUCACCCAUGACUGCUCAGAUGGCCCCACCAGUACCACCACAGCAAGGGGCCCCACCCGUGCCUCGGCAGCCGGGCCCUGUAGCUCCAGGGGCCCCCAUGAUGUCAGGGCCCCCAGGCGCAGUCAGGCCCCCCGGACCACCCAACAACCAGCAGUUGCUGUCUCAGAGCUGUCAGGCUCAGCAGAAGCAGAACAGGAUCACGUCUGUGCCGAGACCUCUCGGGCUGGACCCUCUGCUGAUACUGCAGGAGAGGGAAAACAGGGUGGCCGCUAGGAUUGCACAUCGUAUUGACGAGUUGUCCAACCUUCCCACCACAAUGUCCGAGGAUCUGCGAGUGAAGGCUCAGAUAGAACUGAGAGCUCUCCGGGUGCUCAACUUCCAGCGGCAGCUACGAGCCGAGGUGAUCGGGUGUACUCGCCGAGACACGACACUGGAGACAGCCGUGAAUGUGAAGGCGUACAAGCGGACCAAACGGCAAGGCCUGCGCGAGGCUCGGGCCACCGAGAAACUGGAGAAACAACAGAAACUAGAGGCGGAGCGGAAGCGUCGACAGAAACAUCAGGAAUAUUUGAGCACCAUCCUCCAACACUGCAAAGACUUUAAGGAGUACCAUCGUAAUAAUCUGGCCAAGGUGGGCCGUAUCAACAAGGCCAUCAUGAACCACCACGCCAACGCGGAGAGAGAGCAGAAGAAGGAACAGGAGCGAAUAGAGAAGGAGAGAAUGAGAAGACUUAUGGCGGAGGACGAAGAGGGAUACAGGAAACUUAUCGAUCAAAAGAAAGACAAGCGGUUGGCAUUCCUGUUGUCACAGACAGACGAGUACAUCAGCAACCUCACGGAGAUGGUGAAACAGCACAAGAUGGAGCAGAAGAGGAAACAGGACGAGGAGAUGAAAAAGAAGAAGAAGAAGAAGAAGUUGAGGUUCAACGCAGAAGGCGAGCUUAUCGAAGGGGGGGAAGAUGAUAGUUCUCAAAUGUCCGACAUGCAUGUUACCGUCAUCGAGCCUGCCACAGGCAACAAGAUCUCUGGAGAGGACGCGCCAUUGGCCACCCAGCUCAGCGAGUGGCUAGAGGCUCACCCUGGGUGGAUCGUGGCGGAGGAGGACUCUGACUCUGAUGAAGACGAUAGUGACGAGGACGAGAACGGCGAACCUAAAGAGAAGAAACAUUCAAAGAAAGAUGGAGAACAGGUCAAAGAAGUCAUUAAAAAAGCCCAGGUAGAAGACGAUGAGUACAAAUCAAUUUCCUGUGAAGAGCAUACUUAUUAUAGCAUUGCACAUACAAUCCACGAGAUGGUGACUGAACAGGCGUCCAUAAUGAUAAAUGGAAAAUUGAAGGAGUAUCAGAUCAAGGGUUUGGAGUGGCUAGUUUCGCUGUUCAACAACAACCUCAACGGUAUCCUGGCCGAUGAGAUGGGUCUCGGAAAGACCAUCCAGACUAUCGGGCUUAUUACUUACCUCAUGGAGAAGAAGAAGGUCAACGGACCAUUCUUGAUCAUCGUCCCUCUCUCCACACUCUCUAACUGGGUGUUGGAGUUUGAGAAGUGGGCGCCGUCAGUGAUCGUAGUGGCGUACAAGGGCUCGCCAGGCAUGCGGCGCACUCUGCAGGGACAGAUGAGGGCUACUAAGUUCAACGUUUUACUGACGACUUACGAGUAUGUCAUCAAGGACAAGGCUGUAUUGGCUAAGCUCCACUGGAAGUACAUGAUCAUUGACGAGGGUCAUCGUAUGAAGAACCACCACUGUAAGUUGACCCAGGUGCUCAACACACACUACACAGCGCCUCACCGUCUCCUACUCACUGGCACACCUCUGCAGAACAAACUGCCGGAGCUGUGGGCGUUGCUUAACUUCUUGCUGCCCAGCAUCUUCAAGUCUUGCAGCACGUUCGAGCAGUGGUUUAACGCUCCGUUUGCCACCACGGGUGAAAAGGUAGAAUUAAACGAGGAAGAAACUAUUCUGAUCAUCCGUCGUCUGCACAAAGUGCUUCGGCCGUUCUUGCUGCGACGUCUCAAGAAAGAAGUGGAAUCUCAGCUGCCAGACAAAGUGGAGUACAUUAUCAAAUGUGACAUGUCAGGACUGCAGAGGGUCUUGUACAGACACAUGCAGAGCAAGGGGGUGUUGCUGACGGACGGCUCAGAGAAGGGCAAGCAAGGUCGCGGAGGCGCCAAGGCCCUGAUGAACACCAUUGUACAGCUGCGUAAGCUGUGUAACCAUCCGUUCAUGUUCCAACACAUCGAGGAGAAGUACUGCGACCACAUCGGCAGCAAUAACGGCGUAGUCUCCGGCCCAGACCUGUACCGAGUGUCGGGCAAGUUUGAACUGCUCGAUCGCAUCUUGCCCAAGCUGAAGAACACUAACCACCGAGUGCUGCUGUUUUGUCAGAUGACCCAGCUGAUGACCAUCAUGGAGGAUUAUCUCGGCUGGAGAGGCUUCACUUAUCUGCGACUUGACGGAACCACCAAGGCGGAAGACCGAGGAGACUUGCUGAAGAAGUUCAACCACCCGGACAGUGAGUUCUUCAUCUUCCUGCUGAGUACUCGUGCCGGAGGUCUGGGUCUCAACUUGCAAGCGGCCGACACUGUUGUCAUAUUCGACUCCGACUGGAACCCUCAUCAGGAUCUGCAAGCCCAGGAUCGAGCUCAUCGUAUCGGACAGCAGAAUGAAGUGCGAGUUUUACGUCUGAUGACAGUCAACUCUGUAGAGGAGAGAAUCCUCGCUGCGGCCAGAUACAAGCUGAACAUGGACGAGAAGGUCAUCCAGGCGGGAAUGUUUGACCAGAAGUCCACGGGCUCCGAGAGACAACAGUUCCUGCAGACCAUCUUGCAUCAAGAUGACGCUGAUGAUGAGGAAAAUGAAGUACCGGAUGACGAGACGGUGAAUCAAAUGAUCGCCAGAAGUGAAGCCGAGUUUGAGAUCUUCCAGAGGAUGGACCUGGAGCGACGGAGGGAAGACGCCAAGCUGGGAGUGAACCGCAAGUCUCGUCUGAUAGAGGAGACGGAACUGCCUGACUGGCUGGUCAAGGAUGAUGACGAGGUGGAGCGAUGGACUUAUGAAGAGGAGCCGGAGGUGCAGAUGGGCCGAGGGUCGAGACAACGCAAGGAAGUCGACUAUACAGACAGUCUCACAGAGAAAGAGUGGCUUAAGGCAAUCGACGACGGUAUUGAAGAUUACGAGGAAGAUGAUGAAGAAGAGACGAAAAAGAAGACACGCAAGCGGCGGCGACGCGCGGGAGAUGAUGACGACGAUGAGCCGAGCACCAGCAAGCGGCGGCGAGGAUCGGACAAGGCCUCUGUAGACGCAAAGCUGAAGCGGCAGAUGAAGAAGUUGAUGAACGUAGUCAUCAAGUACACUGACAGCGAUUCGAGAGUGCUAAGUGACCCUUUCAUGAAGCUCCCUUCAAGAAAAGAACUUCCAGAUUAUUACGAAGUCAUUAAAAAGCCUAUGGACAUCAAAAAGAUAAUGACAAGGAUUGAAGAAUGCAAGUAUGUAGACUUUGACGAUCUGGAGCGAGAUUUCAUGCAGCUGUGUAAGAACGCACAAAUGUACAAUGAGGAGGCGUCGCUCAUCCACGAGGACAGCAUUGUGCUGCAGUCAGUGUUCACCAACGCAAGACAACGGCUCAGCCAGGAGCCCGAGUCGGAGGAUGAUGAAGACAGCAAAGGGGGCAAUGAUGAUGGGAACACUUCGGAUGGGGACUCAGUCAAAGUCAAACUAAAACUGAAAAAAGGCAAAGACGGCAAGGGUUCAGCAACUAAACGGAAACGCAGCAGCAAGAAAUACAUCAGUGACGACGAAGACGACUUGGAAAGCAUCCCAAGCUAAAACUGUGUGUGUAAAGACCAACAAUCGUACAAGUUAUAUUCUUGUAGUAGAUAGAAUUAUACCUUGUGACUGUUUUAUGUACUUUUUGUGAUCUAAAGAUAGGUAUUUUUAAUGAAUCCUUUUAUUAGUUUACAACUAGGUUACGGUUUUUGGAUAGAUAAAGAAUCAUAACAAACCAAUGUUUUUUUCUGUAACAUUUUAAUUUUGAAUUUCCAUAAUUUGGUUUAUAUAUGAUAUGAAAACUAUACAUGGUUUGAUUUUUGACAAGCUUUAUUCUGUUGUGCAGUUUCUGAAUAUUAUGAGACAGUUUAUCAUGUACUAUAGUGUGAUAUAUCCCACCUAGUUUUGUUUGCAUUUAUCGGGUUUGUCAGGUUAACUUAUUAUCAUUUAAAACCCUUUGAAUUAUUUCCUGGAACUGUGAUGACUCACUUAGAUUUUUGUGAUGUUAACAAUUUACAAAUUGUUCAAUACCGGUACAAAAAAAUUUAAUUAGUUGUUUUCAAGAGUAACUAAAUUUGAUAAAUUGUUUGAAGUAAUGAUUGUUGUUUUAUUGUUUUAUCAACCACAUUGUUUUGUGGUAUUUUGAUUGUUAUCUUCAAAGUACCAAGAAAUGAUGUAAUAAAAAAUCUAGGGAUGGACGAGAUUGGAUUUUUAGUUCGAGACGAGACGAGACGAGAUUUUUUAUUUCUCAUAAAAUUUCGAGACGAGAUCGAGACGGGAUUUCCCUUCUCAUACACAACGGGAAAUACACAUUCAAAAUUUUUACCUGAUUUUGUAACAUUGUUAGAUGACUGUUUAAAUACAAAAAUAAUGAUAAUAGGCAAGAAUAUUUACAAUAUUUUAUUAAAAAACAUCAGCAUAACAUUUUUUUAUUAAUCACGCCUAACUUAUUAAAAAUGCCUAUGAUUAGAAAACAUAGUGAUAUCAGUUAGGAUAGAGUUCAACUUAUCCUAAAAUAAAAUAAAUCAUAAAAUAAAAGCAAUAUUAAUUUUUAUAAAAUAGUUACUUGUUUUGACUUUUUAUAGUAAUAAAACAUUCCUCACACUGCUUACACUUAACAAAACUUCUCAAAUGUUAUUAAAGUAAUAUUAUUUAAAUAAUUAAAGUAAUAUUUACAUUUAAAGAAUUAAUUAAAUAAGAACGCAAGGAAACGCAACUACAAAACGCUUCUGUAUUGCGGGUAUUGCAUUGACUUUCUGCAGGCGUUUUUAAUUUUUAAUUUUUUUUUGUAUUCUCGUCUCGAUAAAAAUCUCGGCCAAAAAGAAAUCUCGUCUCGUGUAACGAGAUUUAAAAUUUCCCGAAAAUUUCCCGAAAUUUCGAGACUUGACCAUCCCUAAAAAAAUCCUAACAACCUACAGCUGACACAUUUUAUUUCAAUGUUUAAUUUUCUUUUGUUCCUGGAGAUUUAAGUUAACCUGACCCUAGAUUAUGUUUAUUUUCCUGGAUAAGACAGUUUUAAGUUAAUAAUCAAAUCAUUUUUGUGUUUGUACAGAUUUUGAGCCUAGCUAUCUUUAAAUCACUGACCAAGAAUUUUUUAAAUGUAUAAAGUUAGUUUAUUAUUGCAAGUUCUUAGUUUAUAUGUUGAUUAUACCAUUUAUUAUUUACUAUUUUGUUUAAUUAAAUUCUAUGCUAAAAGUUUUUUAUUUAUUUUUGACUUUACUAGCUUUACGGUAUAAAAUUAUGAUUAUCCUUUCUGGAUACAAAUGAAACACAGUUCUAUUGAAAAGCAAAUUUUGAAAUAUACAAUGGACGUUUGUAUGUGUAUACUAUUAGUAUUAAAAUAUAAAAUAUUUUGUGGUUUGUGUAAUUUGUGUCUUGAGUUGUGUCUUUUGUAUAUUCAAAAAUAUUUUAUUAUUUUAGUUCUGAUUUCAUGCAAAUUUAUUUAGAUUUUAUUGGUUGUAUUCAAUAAAAGAAUUAAUUAU